AUGGCAAGCUACGAGAAGAUUAAAGACGAAGUCAAUGAAGAGCCAAAAGAGAAAGCAACUAACUCUACCCCCGCUCCAGAGGGGGUUAUUAUUUUUUUUUUAAAAAAAAUUAUAUAGAAAUUUUAUAGAUAUUUUUUUCAAAAACUAAAAAAUUUUGAAUUUGUAAAAAUUGAGGAGCAAAAAUUAUAUUUUAAGUGCAAGCUGUUUAAAAUUAACAGAAUUAGUUAGACUUCAUUAUAAUAAUUAUCAUCUAUAUAUCAAGUUUUUUUCAUAAAAAAUUUUUGUUCGCUCACGGAGGGGGGAGUAAGUUAACCCCAGAGCAGAUGGCAGAUAUGAACACACCUGAAUCUGGGCUCACAAGUGCAGAAGCCGCCAGAAGACUAGCAAGGGACGGGUAAAGCUUAUAUAGGCCAAACAUGCUGCCGGAGAAAAGGGUGAACCCUUUUUUGAAGUUCUUAAGCUACUUCUGGGGCCCAAUGCCAGGGAUGAUUUGGGCAGCCAUUUUGAUAGAACUGAUUAGGCUGUCGUGACUGGACUUCGGAGUCCUGAUGAUUUUGCAGUUCGUGAAUGGCUUUGUAGGCUGGUAUGAAGAAAAAAAUGCAGGAAACGCAAUUGAAGCUCUCAAGAAGAACAUGGCUCCAAAGGCAAAAUGUAAAAGAAAUGGGCAAUAUGACACAAUCAAUGCUAAAGAUCUAGUUAUAGGAGAUAGAAUUAACUUAAAGCUGGGAGAUAUAAUUCCCGCUGACGCAGUCUUAGGACCAGGCUUUGCUGAGAUCGACCAAUCAGCUUUAACUGGUGAGUCUUUAGCGGUCAUGAAAUAUGAAGGCGAUACUGUCUAUCAAGGCUCUGUCUGCAAAAGAGGCGACCUAGAAGCUAUAGUUAUGGCUACAGGAGCCAGGACAUUUUUUGGGAGGACUUCAGCACUUGUAGGCUCUGUAAACCAGCGUGGGAACUUCCAAAAGGUCCUAUUAAAAGUAGCCUUUUCGUUACUUAUAGUUUCUGUCGUUCUGGUCAUCGUAAUUCUUAUAGUGAACUUGGCAAAAGGUAACAAUUUCCUUGAAACUUUAUCAAUUUGUGUUGUUUUACUUGUCGCCUCAAUCCCAAUCGCUAUGCAAGUGGUAUGUACAGCCACCAUGGCUGUGGGUGCCCACGCAUUAGCAACCCGAAAAGCCAUUGUCAGUCGUCUAACUGCUAUAGAAGAGCUCGCAGGCAUGAAAAUCCUGUGUAGUGACAAGACUGGGACACUCACAAAAAAUGAACUGACGAUCCAAAAUCCAGUCCUUCUUAAGGAUUAUAAAGCAGAAGACUUAUUUUUAGUUGCAGGACUUGCAGCUAAAAGGGAAGUUGGCUCACAAGACGCUAUCGACAAAUGCAUCACUGAGUAUGCCUAUGAAAAAUGCAAGAUCAGCUAUGAUGGCUACGAAGAAGAAGAAUUCGUCCCAUUUGACCCAAAAAUUAAAAGAACUGAAGCAACAGUUAGGAACAGAAAAGGAGAAAUUUUCAGAUGCACAAAAGGAGCGCCACAAGUGGUUUUAGCUAUGGCAGCUGACCCAAGCAUUGAAGAAGAAGUCUCUGGACAUGUGAUGGACUUAGCUUCAAGAGGCUACAGGACACUUGGAGUUGCCAAAAUGGACCCUGGCCAAACCAAAUGGAGCAUGAUAGGCUUGAUUUCUUUAUACGAUCCUCCUAGAGAUGACACCAAAGAAACCAUUCAAAAAGCUUUACAAAUGGAAGUCAAGGUAAAAAUGAUCACUGGCGACCAGCUUGCAAUUGCAAAAGAAACUGCAAGACUGUUAAACAUGGGCGAUAAAAUUUAUAACUCAGAAAUGCUCCAAGCUGAAACAAGCGUGGUAAGUAAAGAAAUUUUGGACUCCAUGGUAGAAGAAGCUGACGGAUUCGCUGAAGUCUUCCCUGAGCAUAAGUUUGCUAUUGUAAAAAUGCUUCAGGAAAGAGGUUUUCGAUGUGGAAUGACUGGAGAUGGAGUAAAUGAUGCCCCAGCAUUAAAAAAAGCUGACGUAGGGAUUGCAGUGGAUGGGGCUACUGACGCUGCCAGAGCAGCUGCUGAUAUUGUCCUGACUAGUCCAGGGCUUAGUGUGAUUAUAGAAGCUAUAUAUAGAGCUAGAAAGACUUUCCAAAGGAUGAAUAAUUACUGCGGGCGAGAUAUGCGGCGGCUAGGGGCGAAGCGUCGAUAGAAGGCUUGGCCGGUUGGGCUGACCACCGCGAUUCCAAGAUGGCUCCGUGACGUCACUAGUUAGCUAAAAGUUUCAUUUUGGGAUGCGGCACUAGACACCUUAAACACCGAAUAAUUAAGUUAAGUUAAGAAUAAUUACUGCACCUAUAGAAUUGCUUGUACCUUCCAGAUCAUUAUUUUCUUCUUCAUCACUAUGGUCGCUGUCGACCCCUCUGAUGAUUUCACCUGCAAAGGCCACGGCUGCAGCAAUGUUCCCAAUACAUUUGCGUUACCUGUGAUAUGCCUUGUCAUUAUGGUAAUUUUAAAUGAUGGGCUGAUCAUUUCAAUUGCUUAUGAUAAAGUGACGGUAAAUAAAAAGCCUGAGGCGUGGAAUAUGAUCCUUAUUUUUUCAAACUCGACUGUUCUAGGCUUUAUUGCUUUUAUUUCGUCACUGAUUUUGCUAUUGUUGUGCUUAGACAAUAUGAACGGUGAUGACAGAAAUGUUUUCCUCAAGGCUUUUGGAAUUGAAGCUAUGAGAUAUGGAGAAAUUCUGACCAUUAUUUUUAUGAAGGUCUCUAUUUCGAAUUUUUUAACGGUAUUUUCAGCCAGAACUAUGAGCUGGUUCUGGACGAGAGCGCCUGGGAAACUGCUGUUCAGUGCUGAUAUGUUUGGAAUAAUUGUGUGCUUGUUCCUGUCCUGCUAUUGGUUUUUAAAUAUUAGUGUAGGAGAAAGUAGCAAUAUUCCUGAUAUGAAGCCGAUCAGUUGGGGAGUCACUAUGUGGAUCUUAGGCUAUGACGUAAUUUUCUUUAUUUUGCAAGAUUAAAUUAAUUUUUUUUUUUAAUUUUCAGGACAAAUUGUGCUUGUUUAUGUGCCAUUUUUAUAUUAAAAUUGUCAAUUUGCAUUGGCUUAGAAAUUAUUUGUAUUGCAAGAUAUAGCCAAAAUUUUGAUGAUAAGAGUUUUUGAUGCUUAUUAUAAAUCCCAAGGAAAAGAAGGUGGUUACUCAGGAAACACGCUUGGUGAAUCAUUUUUGCUAUUCUCAGAUUCAAGAGAUCCUAAAAAUUAUAGGAAGUCAAUUGUCACUAGAAGAUCUAUGGUCGCUGCUCAAGAUGUCCAUGGAGGUCGUUAA